GCCCCUGUUACGUCACUGUCGUGUUCCGGAAGUGGCAAGCUCGAGUUAAUAUCUCUACACGUCAACACACCGGUUACUAGCUGGACUUCUUAUAUAAAACAACUAAACCGGUUAUAACGCGCUAAAUAUUUACACAACAUUUACUAAUCCAGAUGGACGCAGGGGACAGAGGUUUUUCAAGUGAGGGUGGAGCAAGUGGAAUAACUUUACCACCAGGCCUGACCCAGGAAGAAGGUUUGGAACUGGAAAUGGAGCUUAUUAAGGUGGAGGAUGAAAUUCAGACACUGAGGCAUGUUCUUUCGGCCAAAGAGAGACAUGCUGCGGACAUCAGGAGGAGGUUGGGCAUAAGCCCUCUGUCUGAAUUAAAAACCAACAUCACCAAGGGCUGGCAAGACGUCCAGACGUCUAAUGCUUAUAUGAAAACUUCACAGACUUUUGGGGAUUUGAAUCAAAGAAUUACAUCAUCUAACAUUUACCUUACAGCAUCUGCUACUUUGGAAGACAUAAGUCGUUCUGACGCGUAUAAGAAAACUCAGGAGACUCUGUCCCAGGCUGGUAUGUUAACAUCCUCUGCUUUCUCAUCACUGGGUGAUGCAAUCAGAAGCAGACUGGUAGAGAUAAGGGCUUUGACUUACACGCCCCCAUCAGGCAGCUCCUCCAUGCGCCACUCCUUAAGUAUGCCCACUAUGAGGAAUUCACCAGCAUUUAAAAACAUGGAGGACAAAAUGUCCAAGCCAGCUGAAGGGAGCACAAAAGGUGACGAUGCAUAACCGACAGCAAGCACAGAUUCAUCACCAAAACUGACCUCUGUGACCCAAACUACCCCAAGUCCUUUGCUGAAAGCCAAGAGAUGUCAAACAAAACCUUUAAUUUAAUACUGCUGAACAAUACUAAUGCUGUAAAAGUCUACAUCUCUGCUGCUUGCUUUUAAAGGAGAAACCUUAAAUGGCAAAAAAAAAAAAAAAAACUGACAGUGUGUGAGUGUGUGAAAGCAUGACGCACAUGACUUCAACUACUGUUUUAUGUUUCCAAUGUGUGAAAGGGUUUUAAGAAAGCCAUCUGUUCUGACAUUACUACUGAUAGAAUUUGCCUGUUUCCAUGCAUAUACACUCCGACACACUGUGGAUUAACUAAAACCGCUUCCCUGGCAGGACAUGUGCAUCCUGUUACAUAAGAUUAAUGAGAAUGUGACAGACUGCUAACUACAUCCCUUAUAACUCAGGGCAAAGGGUGCUAGCGCUUCGACUUUAAUGUGAAGAAUGUAACUAAUGCAUCAUAAAUUGCUUUAUGGAAUAUAAGAUUAAUUUAAAUAACGUGUUUGGGGGUUAAAUUAAACACUGUUUCUCCAUAUUGGUAUUUGGUUAAUUAUGCAAGUAAAUUAAAUUAAAAUUUUUUUUGGUGUGACUGUGGUAACAGGAAAUAUUUAGAAAAACUUAACAUUAAUAAACGAGUUUGUUUGCCUGGUUGUUCUGAAGUUAAUACUUGGGAUGCGCUUAUGGUGGACACAGUUAUCGUGGUAAGGGAGUAAAACCAAAAUAUGAAAUGCGCUGGGUGGUGUCUGAUUUGUCUGAAUAAAUUAUGCAAAGGUAUUGACUUUACCCUGAGACUGUUACUUUUAUCCCAUACACAAAUCUCCAAACUAAUGUGUGGCUUGGGAUUUGGUAUUAUUUAUCAUUAACACUGUUACACAAUAAAUAAAUCUAGAGGUGAAAAACA